AUGGCCCCAGCCUGGUGGUGGCUGCUCUGCCUGUCCAUCCCCCAGGCUCACCUCCAGGCCCAGACCCCAGAGCUGUAUGUGGAAGUUCCGGAGAACUACGGGGGGAGUUUCCCUUUGUACCUGGCCAAGCUGCCAUUGCCCCAUGAGAAGGCCGAGGCCCAGAUUGUGCUGUCAGUAAAUGCAGACGUGGCCGCUGAGGGUCCCUUUGCCGUGGAUACAGAGUCUGGCUUCCUGCUGGCGACCAGGGCCCUGGACCGAGAAGAACAAGCGGAAUACCAGCUACAGGUCACCCUGGAGGCCGAGGACGGCCACGUUUUGUGGGGCCCGCAGCCGGUGCGUGUGCACGUGAAGGAUGAGAACGACCAGGUGCCUCAAUUCUCCCAGGCUCUCUACAGAGUUCAGCUGAGCCAGGGCACAAGGCCUGGUAUCCCUUUCCUCUUCCUUGAGGCCUCGGAUGGGGAUGAACCAGGCACAGCCAACUCAGAUCUCCGAUUCCACCUCGUGCACCAGGCCCCAGCCCAGCCUUCUGCUGACAUGUUCCAGCUGGAGCCUCGGCUGGGAGCUCUGGCCCUCAGCCCCCAGGGGAGCACCGGCCUACACCAAGCCCCGGGGGGGCCCUACCAGCUGCUGGUACAGGUCAAGGACAUGGGAGACCAAGUCUCGGGCUACCAGGCCACAGCCAUAAUAGACGUCUCAGUAGUAGAGAGCACCUGGGUGCCCCUGGAUCCUGUCCGCUUGGCAGAGAAUCUGAAAGUCCUGUACCCACACAGCAUGACCCAGGUACACUGGAGUGGGGGGAAUGUACACUAUCAGCUGGAGAGCCAGCCCCCUGGACCCUUUGAUGUGGAUGCAGAGGGGAAACUCUACGUGACGGGGGAGCUGGACCGAGAAGCCCAGGCUGAGUACCUGCUCCAGGUGCGGGCUCAGAACAGCCGUGGCGAGGACUACACAGACCCUCUGGAGCUGCAUGUGGUGGUGAUGGAUGAGAACGACAACGCACCCGUCUGCCCCCCCUCCGGCCCCCCAGUCGGCAUCCCUGAGCUCAGUCCCCCAGGCACCGAAGUGACCAGUCUGUUGGCCACGGAUGCAGAUGCCCCUGGCUCCCUCAAUUCUCACAUUGUGUAUCGGUUGCUGAGCCCCGAGCCUGAGGAGGGGGCGAAGGAGCAAGCCCUCGAGCUGGACCCUACCUCUGGCAGUGUCACCCUGGGGGCCGCCCCCCUCCAAGCCGGCCAGGAUUUCCUGCUUCAGGUGCUGGCCGCUGACCUAGGAGGAGCAGAGGGUGGCCUCAGCAGCACCUGUGUGGUUACUGUCACCAUCCUGGACGUCAAUGACCAUGCCCCCGAGUUUACCACGUCCCAGGUUGGGCCCAUAACCCUCCCUGAGGAUGCAGAGCCUGGGACUCUGGUAGCCACACUCAAGGCCACUGAUGCUGACCUUGAACCUGCUUUUCGCCUCAUGGACUUUGCCAUUGGGGCAGGGAAUGAAGAGGGCAUCUUUGGCCUGGACUGGAAGCCAGAUUCCAACCAGGUCCAACUGCGACUCCUCAAGACACUCAGCUACGAGGCAGCUCCAAGUUACAAGGUGGUGGUGGUGGUACUGAGCGCAGCAGAACCAGCCGGGCCAGGCCCCGGGCCUGGCGCCACGGCCACAGUGACUGUUCUGGUGGAGAGGGUGGUCCCUGGCCCCAAGCUGGACCAACAGAGCUAUAAAGCCAGCGUCCCUGUCAGCACCCCAGCCGGCUCCCUCCUGCUGACCAUCCAGCCCUCUGGCCCCGUGAGCAAUUCUCUCAGGUUCUCCCUGGUCAAUGACUCAAAGGGCUGGCUCUACAUCGAGGAGGUCUCGGGGAAGGUGCACACGGCCCGGCCCCUGCAGGGCGCCCAGCCCGGGGACAGGUACACAGUGCUUGUGGAGGCCCGGAAAGAAGAUGAGCCGACCCUGAGCACCUCUGCGACCCUUGUGAUCCACUUCGUGAAGGCCCCUUCUGCCUCCACCCUUGUGCCCACGCAACACCUCUGCACACCCCGCCAGGACCACGGCGUGGUCGUCAGCGGGCCCAGCAAAGACCCCGACCCGGCUCACGGGCACGGUCCCUACAGCUUCUCCCUUGGUCCCAACCCCACGGUGCAGCGGGACUGGCGCCUCUGGGCUCUCAAUGGUUCCCAUGCCUACCUCACCCUGGCCCUGCACUGGGUGGAGCCACGUGAACAUAUAAUCCCUGUGGUCGUCAGCCACGGUGCCCAGAUGUGGCAGCUCCAGGUCCGAGUCAGUGUGUGUCGCUGCAACGUGGAUGGACAGUGCAUGCGCAAGGUGGGCCGUAUGAAGGGCAUGCCCACGAAGCUGGCGGCAGUGGGCACCCUCGUGGGCACCCUGGUAGUGAUAGGCUUCUUGCUCAUCCUCAUCUUCACGCACUUGAGUCUGGCGAGGAAGAAGGACCUAGAUCAGCCAAUGGACAGCAUGCCCCUAAAGGCAGGGGCUUGA